AUGCAAGUGGACAGCGAAAUUGAUGAGAGUCUGUACUCUCGCCAGCUCUAUGUGCUCGGCAAAGAGGCUAUGCAGAAAAUGGCAACCUCCAAUGUCUUGAUUGUCGGUCUUGGCGGUCUUGGCGUUGAGAUCGCAAAGAACGUGGCGCUUGCGGGUGUAAAAUCGCUCGCCAUCUACGACUCGGAACCAGCCGUCGUUGCGGACCUGGCGGGCCAAUUCUAUUUGGGAAAAACCGAUAUUGGAAAACCUCGUGCUGCUGCGUGUGUUCGGCACUUGUCUGAACUGAACUCAUACGUACCAGUGUCGGUUGUUCACGGUGAUUUGGCCCAGUUGAUCCCGAACUAUCAGGUUGUGGUCGUUACUGACGCUUUGAUCGAGAAUGCUGUCAUGUUGAACCAGAUUACUCGUAAGCACAACAUCAAGUUUAUUUAUGCGAACUGCUUCGGUCUGGUUGGUACUCUUUUCAACGACUUCGGCCCUGCGUUUGCGGUCACUGACACUAAUGGUGAAGAGGCUGUAGUGGGCACGGUUGCAACCAUCGAGAAUGACGGUGAAGUUUAUGCCCCAGAUAGCGCCAUGCAUGGCUUGGAAAAUGGCAUGUUUAUUGAGCUGCGUGAUGCAGAGCCCGCCGAGAUCAAUGGUCAAUACAGAGUCUCGGUCAAGGGACCUUUGUCUUUCAACAUCGGUUCGCUCAAGGCUUCUUACGUCAAAGGUGGGCAGUGGACUCAAGUUAAAGAGCCUGAAAUUGUGACUUUUGCGUCACUCCAGGAUCAAUUGACCUCUCCAGAAUACUUCCUUACUGAUUUCGCCAAGCUCGAGCGUCCAGCUCAGCUCCAUGUUGGAACUCUGGCUUUGCAUUCGUUCAAGACUCGUCACGGGCGUCUACCUGCUCCUUAUACGGCGGCAGAUAUCACAGAGACUCUACAGUUAGCCAAGAAUGUGCGAACUCAGUACCCUGUCACCGAAGAGCUCGAUGAGCAGUUGCUUUCAACUGUGUUCUCCCAGUCACAGGGUCAGGUGGCUCCAAUGUUUGGUGUUAUUGGUGGUAUGGCAGCUCAAGAGGUUCUUAAGGCUGUUUCUGGAAAGUUCAUGCCCGUUCGCCAAUGGAUGUAUUUUGAUGCUCUAGAGGCACUGCCUGAAGGUGUCACUGCCGAGGACGCUGCUCCUCGCAACACACGCUACGAUGGCUACUAUGCUGUCUUUGGCAAGAAUUUUAUGGACAAGUUGGCUAACCUUAAGCUGUUUUUGGUUGGUGCCGGAGCGAUUGGUUGUGAGGUGCUCAAAAACUGGGCCCUCAUGGGAAUGGGGUCCGGCCCCGAUGGCCAUAUUUGGGUUACCGAUAAUGAUACCAUCGAAAAGAGUAACCUGAACCGUCAGUUUUUGUUCCGACCUAAAGAUGUGGGCCAUGCUAAAUCUGAGGUUGCUCCUGCAGCAGCUGCUGCAAUUAACCCCGACUUGAAAGGUAAGUUCACUUGUCUUACGGAGAAGGUUGGCAAAGAGUCGGAGGAUGUAUUCAACGCCGAAUUCUGGAAUAGACUCGACUAUGUUACCAACGCUUUGGACAAUGUCGAGGCUCGUGCUUAUGUUGACCGCCAGUGCAUUUUUUACCAGAAGCCUCUUAUUGAGUCUGGAACAUUGGGCACUAAAUGCAAUGUCCAGGUUGUUGUCCCCAACCUCACAGAGUCUUACACCUCCUCGCAUGACCCGCCAGAGAAGGGUAUCCCGCUCUGUACUAUCCGGUCAUUCCCAGCUAAAAUUGACCAUACAAUUGCUUGGGCAAAGGCUCAGUUUGAGGAACUGUUCAAUGAAUCGUGCCUCAACGUUAACCAGUACCUGACCCAGCCCAACUUUGUUGAGUCUACUCUUAAGCAGGUGGCUAAUCAAAAGCAGGUUCUUGAGGUCAUUUACUCGUAUUUGGUCGAGGAACGGCCACUUACUUUCGAGCAGUGCAUCACAUGGGCUGUAGAUUUGUUCAAUGGUCUUUUCCGCAACGAUAUUUUGCAGCUUUUGUACAAUUUCCCUCCCGAUGCCAAAACUACCACUGGUGCUCCAUUCUGGGCUCCUCCUAAACGUCAGCCCACUGCUGCGGUUUUGGAUAUCAACAACGCCACGCACUUAGAGUUCUUAACUGCCGCAGCAAACUUGCGUGCUUUUAAUUAUGGACUCAAGGGUGAGUCUGACCCAGCUGUUUUCGCCAAGGUUGUUGGUAACUAUCAUUCCAAGGAGUUUAACCCCAGUUCUGGUAUCAAGAUUGCGGUUACUGAUGAUGAGAUUUCAAACGAUAGCUCCUUGGAGUCCAAUGAACUCGCUAAAAUUGCCGAUAAGCUUCCUGCUCCCUCUUCCUUAGCUGGCUUCCGUCUCCUUCCUGCUGAGUUUGAAAAAGACGACGACACCAACUUCCACAUCGACUUUAUCAAUGCUGCAUCUAACCUCCGUGCUACUAAUUACGGAAUUGACGCUGUGGAGAGAUCCAAGACCAAGUUCAUUGCUGGCCGCAUUAUUCCUGCUAUUGCCACCACUACAGCGCUUGUCACGGGUCUUGGGACUAUUGAGGCACUCAAGGUCGUUCAAAGGCGCAAAAUUGAGGACUAUAAGAACGGUUUUGUAUCACUAGCUUUACCUUUCUUUGGUUUCAGCGAACCAAUUGCCUCUACCAAACUCAAGUACAACGAUCGUGAAAUCGAUAGGAUCUGGGGUCGUCUUUCCAUCGAUGGUGACGUCAGCCUGCAGGAGUUCCUAGACUACUUUGAGAAGGAGCAUGGUCUAGAUAUCUCGAUGGUUGCCUGCGAAAAUCUGUUGCUUUACGCUUCCUUCCAGCCGCCGGCGAAACUGAAAGAGCGCCUACCUCUUAAUCUGUCUAAGCUGGUUGAAAGUAUUAGCAAAAAGCCUAUCGAAAACAAACAACUAGUUUUCGAAAUUUGUGCCGAAGACAGAGAGGGGAACGACAUAGAGGACUUGCCUUUUGUGGUGGUUACUUUAUAG